UUUACUGCCCUUGUGGCUGGUAUGCUUGCCCAUAGCUCGGCGGGAUUCUUGGAUUACAAUUACCCGCAACUCGCUUUGGAGUUUUUCAAACAAGUGGCCACUCCUGAUGGCUACCGUUUUAACUUGGAGGAGCCAAAUGGCAGUAAACGUGAGGAAAUUGGUCUCAUUCUGAACCCUGGCACUGACAAGGAGGAGCAUGUUCGCAUGGGUACCUAUUCGUCCUAUGAUGAGAAGACUGACACCGAGUCCAUUACCAUGUACACCGCCGAUAAGAAUGGUUACAAAGCCCGCUAUGAAGUCAAGAACCGCAAACUCUCUAAUGCUGUUCUUAAGUCUGCUACGUUCAAUGGUUAA